GUCAAAUUAAAAGCCCUUCUUGUAAGAAUCAGUUUUCUUGAUUUUAAGGACAUUAACCUGGUUUUAUCCCGUUUAGAAGACAAAUUUAACAGGAAAUCAAACCUGUCAGGAUUAAAUUCAAUGACGUACGGCAGAUCAAAAUUGAUGUGUUCGGAUUCUGCUCUGGUUUUUUAACUUGUUUACGUCUGCAGUCUGUGAGCGAAUGAAUGACAAGCCCUGUGAUUUCAGCAGCACCAAAAGGACACCAUGUCUUUCUUGGACUGUUCCUGUAUCUCCCACGCUCAAGUCCAGCCCAUGGACAUUGAGGAACACUAUGAAGACACCAGCCACCACUUUCUGAGUUUUGACAGUUCUCAAUCCACUCUCCAUGGCACAGGGGGUGCAGAUGACCUGGCUGCUCUGACGGCUGAGUCAACUCACUACCAGCUUCUUUCUGAACUGGGGAGAGGCUUCAACAACCUGAGUCUGGUCAGUAUGGCCCGCCACCGACCCACAGGUCAGCUGGUUGCCAUCAAGCAGACCAACCUGGAUGAGUGCACUGAGGAGGAGCUGCUGCAACUCAUGAACGAGGUUCUACUCUCCAGGUUUUUCCGCCACCCUAACCUUUUAACCUCUCGCCUGGUCUUCAGCUCCUGCUGCCAGCUGUGGGUCCUGACGCCGCUCAUGUCCUACGGCUCUGCUGACAUGUUACUGAGGACCUACUUUCGUGAUGGAAUGAGUGAAUCCUUGAUUGCUUACUUGCUGUACGGUGUGCUGAAAGCACUGGAAUAUCUGCAUCGUAUGGGCUACGUUCACCGAGGGGUGAAGGCCAGCCAUAUUCUGCUGUCAGGAGAGGGGCGUGUCUACCUCUCAGGGCUCCACAGUGUUUAUAGCAUGAUGCGUGAGGGGAAGAGGAUGAGGGUGGUGUUUGACAUGCCCCACCACAGCCCCGCCCUGCUGCCCUGGCUCAGCCCUGAACUACUGCGACAGGAUCUUCAUGGAUACGGUGUAAAGUCAGACAUCUACAGUUUAGGUAUUGUAGCAUGUGAACUGGUCAGUGGAAGAGUUCCUUUCCAGGACAUGCUUCCUACUCAGAUGCUGCUACAGAAACUGCGAGGUUCUCACUGCUGCCUGCUGGACGUCGCUCCGUUUCCUCUGAGUGAGCUGGGUGGCCUGAAGAUCUCUCGCUCCGGAGUGGAUUCAGGCAUCGGGGAGAGUGUGGCCACAGGGAGUCUGACCCACAGCGCCACAGCUCCACCCACUGACCGACCUCAGAGCCCAGGACCCAAAAACCACUCGGCGACAUUACACAACCUGGUGCAGCAGUGUUUGCAGCAGCAGCCAGAGCAAAGACCUUCAGCAUCUGCAUUGUUGAGCCACGCCUUCUUCAAACAGGUGAAGAGACACACCUUUGACUCCUUCCUCAGCCUCAUGUACCCAGCUGUGCUCCUCACAAGCCCUGCCCACUACGACUCUGAGCCCCCUGUGGCUUGUGCCCCUGCUGCGUCCUGCCAUGCCCCGACAUCGACUGUAGGAGGUGCUCCUGAGGCAGUAUGGGAUUUCUCCUAACAGGAGGACACUACUAUAGACAAUUCUAACGAAGCAAUCAAGCCACAUUCUACUGUGCUACUUUAUUUUUUUGUUUUGACAUUUUUUAUUCUUUAUAAACCAAACUCUCUGAGCCUUUUUUAUGUUUAUAUUUUUUUAAACUUGUGACAUAAUGUGGUUGUUUCUGUAAGAAGACUGUGAAAGUCCUGGAUCAAAGAAGCUGCUCUGAGAACCGAAAUACAACAGCUAUCCAAAUAAUGAUUCUUACAAUAAGGCAAAGGGAUUUAAAGGGAACGUUCACUUGUCAUUGGUUUUUCCCCAUAUGGCAACAUAAAACUCUGUGUGGUAAAAGCCUCUGGGAAUCAGAGGAGUUUUAAUGAUGGUUUAUUUAUCAACUGACUGUGAAGAAUGAAAACUGUGCUUCAUACAAACAUCAGCACUGAAGGUCACGACCUUCUGCUCAUAGUCCUAAUCAACAGCGUCUCAUUUUUCUCUUCUCUGAUCUUUAAUGUUUAAAUAUGUAAUCUCUCCUAAAAACGAAAGCUUAUAUAAAGGAAAAAAGAUAUGUAUAUAUAUACAUAUAUAUAUGUAUAUAUAUAUAUAUAUACAUAUAUAUAUAUAUAUAUUAAGCGGGGACAAUGUCAUAACAUUUUUGACUUAUAUUGAAUUUAAUCUCAAAAUGCUGAAUUGAUAAAUCAAGUGAAUUGACUGUAAUUCCCAUAAUUUCAAAUUUAAAGACUAACAUCUAGAUUAAGAUUUUAGUCUUUUGAUGCAGACUUGAUGCAGAUAUUUGUUUUCUCUCUCAUUUGCACUUUUAUAUUCUAUUAAUCCUAAUUAUAUCUUAAAAGUAUCUUUUUUUUUUUUUACAUAUUUUGCAUUUUGGAUAACACAUGCUUUAAUGACAUUUGUCUUCGGACAUGUGAAUAUAAGAACUCAAACCUUCAAAGAGGACGUAAACGUGAUGUAACCUUAAGUCUGAUCAUGUGACCCAGUGUCAGAGAGGACUGAUUCUGCUUUUGGGGAAAAGUAAAAACUGCAGUGUGUGAAAAAUGUAAAACAAAAAUGUGUUCAAAGUAUAAAAGAGUAAAUCAGUGUAUUGUAAAAACAGAUGCCUGACGUUAACAUAAACUUUACUGUGUUUUUACCUCAUUAUAUUUUUAAGUUUUGAGCCACGAGGAACAGAGGAUCAGAGAAAUUCAUGU